AUGCCUCUCCUUGCAGCAUAUUAUUACUUUGAAUCUGAAAAGCUUUAUACUGGAGUUAUAGCUUAUACAAUUUUACACUGGUUUGGCGAUAUGGUCCUUUUCUUUAAUUAUAAGUUUUCGCUUCUUGUCGGCGGAAUCUCAUUCACUAUCGGUUAUAUUACCCUAGCAAACGCAUUUACGAUCAAUUGGUCUCAAUUUCCAGUUAUUGCAAUAUUUCUUGCUCUGCCUUUUAUUGUUUAUCAGCAAUAUAAGAUUUCAGAGUUUGUAGAUGUAAAGAAACCAAUCAGUAUCUGUAUGUUCAUUUACUGCUGCAUUUUGGACUAUUGUCUGAUUCGAACUGCAGCACGCAUCGAUCAAUAUGGCUUUACGAAUAUAUACUUUUUGCUUGGCUAUAUUGGCUAUGCCAUCUUUAUGCUUUCUGAUUUUAUACUCAUUCUUACGAUGUGGGGAAAAAUCAAGAGACCAUGCAAGAUGGAAAUAUUAGGAACUUACAUGCUAGCACAAUUGAUGCUUAUUAUAGCAGUUAUGCAUUAA